UUGCAUGCUAAAGGCAUUUCUUGUGUGCAUUUCUUUAAUAACAUCGUGUGAAACAUUUCUACAAAAGAAACUAAUAGUUGAAUUUUACCUAUAAUAUUAUAUCAGCACAAACUUUAAUAGCAUAUAAAGUAUUAUAAUGCAAAAAACAAAAAAUAUUGAGUAUGCUUUUAUGCAAGUUAAUGGACGUAAAGUAUUGGGGCCGCCAAUAAACUGGCAAGGACCCGCACCAUCCAGUAGCUAUGAAAUUUAUAUAAGAAAUAUACCAAAAACAAUGAAUCCAUCGUUUUUUGCUGCGAAUUUCUUGCGUUUUGGUAAUGUCUAUGAAAUACGCUUGCCACUCGAACAAAACCAGCAAUAUCGCGGAUAUGGUUAUGUUAAGUAUACGAAUGAGGAAGAUGCACUUCGUGCCGUCGAAGUGCUAAAUCAUUUUUAUAUAGAACCAGGCGUAAAGUUGGAUAUAAGUUUCUCUUUUGAGAAAAAUCAACUAUAUAUAAGCAAUAUUCCCAAUUUUUUAAAAGAAGAUGCAAUAAAAACAAAAUUGCAACAAAUUUUACCCACGGCUCAACGUGUAACUUUAUUCAAUAGAAAUCAAGCAGCUGAUUUAGACUCAAAUGAUAAAGAGAAUUUAGUAAUGCUACAAAGUCUAGAUUAUUACAAGUCCGAAGGUCGCACAAAUAUAUCUGCAAUUGCUCAUUUCGCCUCACAUGCUGAUGCGGUUGAAGCAAAACGUAUGGCUAAUCCUGGUACUGUGCGCUUAUGGAACUCGCAUGUUAGAAUUGUUUGGGCCAAGUCAAGUGAAGAGCAUAGUUUUGCGAGUAAAUCGUUGUAUUUGCGUAACUUUGAUUCUUCAUUGACCAAACGUGAUUUAAUGAAUCUGAUUUUGGCAGUAGUGCCACGUACUUCUUUACGUAAACUAACCAUGUUGUCGACAACCGCCUUUAUAGAUUUUACCAAUCGCGAGUAUGCAGUGGAAUGUCUGCAAAAACUACAAGGAAUUAAAUGUGGUGACAAAAGUUUAAGAAUUGAGUUUGCAAAGAACAAUUACAUCAAUGAUGUAAUUACCAUUGAUUUUGAUGCCAUUUUACGCUUGAAGUGCAUAGCUAACGACUGGGAAAUUCCAAUUAUAAUAUUUGGUACUUAUUAUGAAGAGCAUUCAUUGCAAUAUUGCGCUAUAAUAUUGCGCAAAAAUGUUGAUGAUAUAACUGAAGUUCGCACUAUUUACUGUAUAAUGCACACCGAUCAAUUGGUGGAUAUACACUCACGCCUCUGUGAAACUGUUUCUACUUUAAUCGAAUGUAUCGGCACUUUUCCAGAUGUCAAUUACAUUGUAGAUGUACAACAUAAUACCGCUUAUAUAUUGGGUUACGUUCAACAGAUGAAUAAGCAUAUUAAAAUAUUUGCAGCACAAAAUACUGCUAAGGACAAACAUUUCGAAUUUGAUAUGAAUGAAUUAACUGACCUGUUCUGGGCGGUACCGAUUUUAAGUUACAUGCAUGAGAAUAUACUUAUAAAAACUUAUUAUCAAACAUUUGAUGGUACAGCGAAAAAAUAUUUACCAUAUGCAAAUGUAUUUGGUUAUCGUAUUUUUGGUACUAUUAUGCCAAAGUAUCGCAAUGCAAAUCCACUUGGCUAUGGUCUCAAUGAGACACAGUUAAUUUUCGCUUUAUGUCACAGAACAACUGCAACUAAUUACGAUCCAGAAAAACCUUAUACUCCCACACCACAAGCGAAUUUCCAAUCUUCAGACAUAUUCUUCAAAAGUGUCUCGUUUCAAUUGUUACCAAUCGAUUUAAGAGAGAAUGUAACUGGUUUUAAGUUAAAAUAUUUGCUAUUUGGUGAUACAAACUAUUAUCAUCCAGAAAUAAAAUCUUUAACAGAUUUUGGUGAACUCAAUGGUUUCUCGUAUAAACAAAGUAUUAGGACUCUAUCUGAACAACGUUCUGUCUCGGAGAAAAAGUAUGAACUACCAAAAUUAAUAAUUAAAGCUUCAAACUGUAGAAAAUAAAUCUACAGUGCAAAUAUCUAUAUAUAGUGCUCUGAAAUACCAUACUGCUCUAACUAAAAAUUAUUAUUAUAUAAAUAUAUCUCUCAAUACUGAUUC